AUGACUUCCAAUCUGGUUAACGUUUCGAGACACUCUCGACAGACUAGUGUUACCAGCCUAUCGCAGUUCUAUCACCGGGAUUCUGCAACACUAGGCUUACCAAAGCCAGAUGUGCGCCGGGUCGGCGUUGAGGUGCUGAGACGGGACCUCUGGAUUGGCGGCUUAGAAGCGAUUUCGGGCGAGGAGAGCAGGACCGGGGAAAGGCGCGAGGGAGAGGCGAGGAGAAAGGGGCUUGGGGAGUGGAGGGAGCUCUGUGCGCUCUGGGGCGGGAUGUGGAUUGUCAAUCUUACCAUCAAAGGGAGCCUGCGCGUGAAGCUGCUGCAGACCGAUCCGGGAGAGCCAUCCAGCUCUGCUGCUCCCGAAGGAGCGACUACUUCUGCUUCUGCCUCCGCCUCUGCUUCUGCUUCUCCUCAGCCUCCUCUUUUCUCUCUCCUUCAGCGGACACGGUGUCGGCAAACGAGAGGUGCAUCCUGGACGUCAGGUGCGACUGGGUCCUUCACGGCCUCCUCGCCCUCGAAUCUCUCCGGUAUCUGGAGCUGGAAAUGA